AUUCCAUGUGUGUUAUGCUGAAAGAGACAGACGGAAAUAAAGAGAGAGAGAGACAGAGAGAGGGAGAAAGAGAGAGAGAGAGAGGGAGAGAGAGGGGUCUGUGUUCGUUUACAGAGUGGAUCUCUGUUUCUUUAAGAGCUGCAUGCUGGGCCAGACUGCUGAACACAAGAGAAGCGCAGCAGAGUGCAGUGACAGCUGUGUGUGUGUGUGUGUGUGGGGGGGGGGGUGUUUUUGUCUGAAGAGGAAGUUCUGUGCUGCUUUGCUCACCGUAGACCACCACCUCUCUCUUAGCGCACAGACACACCUUCCAGAAGAAGACAACCUGGUUGCCAUGGCAUUCUCCGGUGCUGGCGUGAUCCGCGAGGAGCAGCUGCAGUGUCCAAUCUGCCUGCAGCUGCUGGCCGACCCGGUCACCACCUCCUGCGGCCACAACUACUGCCAGGCCUGCCUGGGUCAGUACUGGGACAAGACCGCUCACGGCUGGCGCUGCCCGCUCUGCAAGGAGGCCUUCGCCCAGCGGCCCGCGCUCCGUAUCAACACCACCCUGCGUGACAUGGUGGAGCUGUUCCGUCAGAGCGCCGCCCACACCGACGCCGAGCUUGGCCCCGCCCCUGGUCCAGAGGGCUCCGCGCCCUUCCCUCGUCCACUCGCGCUGCCCGGGGAGGUGGCGUGCGACAUGUGCGGCGGCGGAGGUGGGCAGUGGCGUCUCCGCGCCCUCAAGUCCUGCCUGGACUGCGGCACGUCGUUCUGCGCGCUGCACCUGGAGCUCCACCAGAGGGCGCCGGCGCUGCAGAGGCACGUGCUCAGUGAGCCGCUACAGGACCUGGAGGGGCGCGUGUGCCAGAAGCACCGGCGGCCGCUGGAGCUGUUCUGCAGGGACGACCACACGUGUGUGUGCCAGUUCUGCACCGAGGGAGAACACAAGAACCACAGCACGGUUCCCCUGGAGGAGGAGGGCAAGGACAGGAAGACUAAGCUGGGGAAGACUCAAGCAGAGCUUCUGGAGAUGAUUCUGGAGCGGCUGGAUAAGAUCAGCGAGAUCAAACACUCUGUGGAGCUCAGGAAGAAGAGCACAGAGGAGGAGCUGGCAGCGAGUGAGCAGCUGUGUGCGUCGGUGGUGCGCUGUGUGGAGCGGAGCCGUCGGGAGCUGGAGGAGGACCUGAGGGAGGACCAGGAGGCGGCGGAGAGGGAGGCGGAGGAGAUGGUGGCGCAGCUGCAGCAGGAGAUCACCUCCCUCAAGACCCGCAGCACCGACACCGUCCACCUGCUCCACACCGAGGACAACCUACACCUGCUGCAGGCAGACCCGGCACUGUGCUGCCCUCCAGAGACGCGCAGCUGGGCCGGCGUGAGGGUGAACACACACGUGUGUGUGGAGGCCGCCAUGGUCAAGAUGGAGAAGACGCUCAGGGACCAGCUGCAGAGCAUCCCACAGAGGAAACUCAGAAGGAUCCAGCAAUAUGAAGUGGAUGUGACGCUGGACCCUGUGACAGCGCACCCCAAGCUGCUGCUGUCUGCUGACCGCAAGGAGGUGCGGUGCGGAGACAAGCCCCAGAAGGUCCCCCCGAGCCCCCUGCGCUUCGACAGCUGUGCCUGCGUACUGGCCACACAGCGCUUCGCCUCAGGAAGACACUACUUCCAGGUGCUCGUGGGCGGUAAGACGGGCUGGGGAGUGGGCGUGGCCAGUGAGGCGCUGCAGCGUAAGGGGGAGGUGUGUGUUUCUCCGGAGGAGGGCGUGUGGACACUGGUGCUGAGGGCGGGGCCGGGGGCGGGGCCAGAGUACUGGGCUGCUGACCACACCCCCCAGCGCCUGACCCCGUGCGGAGAGCUGCGGACGCUGGGUGUGUUCCUGGACUACGAUGGCGGCCGAGUCGCCUUCUACGACGUGGAGAACGCCGCGCUGCUCUACGCCUUCACACACCUCACCUUCACCGACAGGCUCCACCCCUUCUUCAGCCCCUACAACAACGAUGGCGGGGGAAACUCCGCCCCUCUUGUCAUCACGCCUGUCAAUCACACGACAUGAGUGCCAAACCUGCUGUUUACAAACAACGUUCUACUUUUACUUUAGCAAUGCCUGAAGUAAUAACAGUGAAUAAAAAUAUAACAAAAAUGUGAA